AUGCUGGACCACGAUCCGCGCUAUUUACGCCCCGAGUCGCGUGAGGACAUGAACCAGCGCGUCAAGUUGCUGGCCGGGUCGACCCAGCGCAAGCGCCGGCCGUGGAAGAAGCACGGCGAGGCUCAGCAGCAGCAGCAGCAGCAACAACAUCAGCACCUGAACUCGCAAUAUCAGCAGCCGCCACUUCCACCUCCGAUGGGCCACUCAUCGGGCUACGAAGACGCAAUGCUCCAUGGCAUCAAGCCCGAGAUAGGCCACGGCCCGGGACUUGGCCACCUCCCACAGCACCCACAGCACCACCAGCAGCAUCCGCAUACGCAGCACCCGUACCAAGCUCAGCAUCAGCAGCCGCAGCACCACCACCAGCAGCCCCAGCACCAGAUGCCUCCGCAGCCUCAUCACUUGCCGCAGCAGUAUCCGAGCCAGCCGUCGGCAACAUAUCUCCCGCCGCCCCCAAACCUCCACCAGCACCAUCCACAGCAACCGCAGCAACAGCCGUACCAUGAUUUUUACCACCAGCAGUACCCACAGCAGCCAGCACCACCGCUGCCGCAGCCGCAGCCGCAUCAGCACUACCCCCUCUCCAUGCAACAGAUGACAACACAUCACGUCCCCCCGUUUAUGAGCGGUAGCUGGGGCCAUGUGUACGAUAACCAGAGUCAGGCUGCAGAUCCCGCCUCCCGUCUCACCAUGAGCAACUCGUUUGACCUGGCACAGCACCAAACAAGCAUGGCACCGCUCCAUGCACAGCAGCAACAUGCGGCUCAUGCACAACAGCACCUUCACCAACACCCACAACACGCGCAGCAGCACCAGCAAUAUCAGCACCCCCACGCAGCGCACGGCCAUCCCCAUCAACCCUAUCACCCGAACGAGCACAGCAGCAUCGAUGGACACGGUAACCUCGGCACACUGGGAGGCGGUAUCACGAGCAGCCAUUUGCCCCUACUCAGUGACCACCAGCGGCAGCGGCGCAUGAGCUCCGCGGCGUACUCAACAGACUCGGACGCGUCCUCGGACGUCAGCACGGAGACGAUCCAAGAUCUCAAAAACCGCCUAUCGGGUUGUUCGACUCAUUACGCAAACCAAAUCGCCAACUUGCUGCGCAGAUUCACGAUUAGCAACGGAUCCGACGACCCGUCGUCUCCUUCGCCGUCCGUUGUUCUCUCGGGCCCUCGUAGCGGCAGCAACGACAACAGCGCGGACUCGCACCGGAUUCGGAAACCCUGGCGCCAGCGGACACAAAAAAUUCGUAGCAACAGCGUCAGCAGCACUAGCAGCAACGGCAGUUUUGGCGUCUUCGACAGCGACGUGGACGUGUAUGGCGAGCCAGGCGACGAUGACGACACUACACAGCGCGGCCAGAGCAGCCACGGUGGUAGCAACCAUUCCAGUGUGGCCGGUGCAAGCCCGGAUGGGCACGUCGAUGAGCAUGUGCGCGGUAGUGCUAUGCGGCGGGCAGGUGGCUCUGGAGCCGGUUUGAAAACCACGACAGCUACGACAGCUACGACAGCACACGCGACGACGAUUCUGGGCGCCAGCGGUGACAACGCCGGAAGCCCGCGUCUUGUGCUCCCAGGUGACUUUUUCAACGCGUACCAGUACCGCGACGACGCUAACUGUCCCUUCCACAACAAGGAGCAACUUCUGCGUGACGAGCAAGAAAGGCGGCAACGGCAGGCCGAGGAGGACCAGAACGACCGGAGACGGGGCCGGAGCGGUGCCAGAGGAGCCAACGCCAAGGUCCCGCGCGAAAAGCGCUGCUGGUGUGCGAUUGCAGAUGCAGUCGGCUCUGUGGCACUCGAAGACGGCUCGUUCUGGGUCCUCAGUGACGGCCGGCUCACGCCCGAGGCCGAAGCGAUGGUUCGCGAGCCUACGCAGCAGCGCCAUCAACUGGCACGCCGCGAUCGGUUCGGCCACUCCAUGCUGCACUUGUUUGCAUCGCGGGACGGUCUGCAGAUGCAGCUGCUGGCCAUGGUCCUGAACUGUGACGAUGCAACGCUCCUGGCGGCCAACACAGCCGGACAGACGUUUUUGCAUGUCUUGGCUCCCAGCUGGUUUGUGGGGCUUCAUGAGCCGUACGCACCCUUGGUCCAGCUUCUCGCCCAUUUGCGGAGCCGUACGCGUCAGCCGCCAGCUGGCGGCAAUGUUGGGUCCGACGCGGCAGAUGACGUGAACGGCCCAGGGCCCAGCAACGCCAUGGCACACCUGAUCUACGCGACUGAUGUCUACGGCCGCAGUUUCUUCCACCGCUUCGGCACCUUUGUCAGUGACCCGCAUAUUAUAACGAGCACGAUCAUCCAGCAUUACGACCGCGCGGCGCUCUUACGGCGCGACGGCUUUGCCCAUGUACCGCUGGCUAUAAUGGGGGCCAGCGGCAGUGGCGGCGCUGACGACUACGGCGCAUGGCCCUCGCCGACGGCCACACAUGCACUGGUUGGCGGCAACGUCCCAACCGUGUUCUCUAGCGAAGAUGCUUUUAUCCGCCACCACGAGUCGUUGCUGCGUACUGUCACGGCAUCGGACAACCAACCGAGUGUAGAGGACCCUGAAGGUCGCAAUGGCCUGCACUGCAUGGCCGAGGCGAUUGUGGACAAGCGCAUUAUGGACGAACACCGCAGCGCACUGAGCGCGGGCCGGAAGGUGCCUAAAAAGAAGACACUCGAUAAGAAGGAUCCCAGCGCUGCGACGAGCAACAGCAGCAGCUUUAUGAAUGGCCUGCUCCUCAGCGGCGAAGGCGGAAGUGUCGGCGACGGUCUUGGUGGUGGGCCGACGUAUAGCAGCACCAGCCCCUACGUCAGCAACCCGGCUCUUGGUGGAGCGACGUCCACACAGAGCCUGCUGCAUACGUCAGUGGACGGUGCACAGAUGGCAACGCGCCUUCGCCUCGUGCAAGGCCUACUGUCGCCACCCAUCGUCGUCGACGUGAACCACUACGACCGCCGCGGGCAGACCGUGCUGACUGCCUUUGUUGUGCAUAUUGCGGACGACCAAGAGGAUAAGGCCAAGAGCCUUGUCGCGAUCCUCGAGACGCUACUGUCGGCAGGUGCCCGUAUCGAAGGUCGCAACCGCCGCGGCGAAACCGCGCUUCUCGUCGCCGCGCGCCUUGGCCGCAAAAUCGCGCUGACUACGCUUCUCGACCACGGUGCGAAUGUGCAUGCCCGCGAUGCCGCCGGCCGCGGUGUACUCGACAUUCUUGAUAUGCAGUGCCGCCGACAGGGACGCAACAAUGUCGCCCUCUACGGUCGCCUCGAGGCGUGCCGCGUCCUGCUGACGAGCAUCAAGCAGCUGCCCCUCGGCGUCAAGCAACGCCCUACUCUGAUGGACGAGUGGACCAUUGUGCACCGGCGUGGACCGGAGCCGCGGGAUAUUUCCAUGGCCAUGUAG